AUGGUCCUCGUAUCCAACCAGGAGUACCUCGGCGAGGAAGAGAAGCGCCUGAAGGAGGACAAGGAACGCAAGCAGUACUGGAAGAGAUGGGGUUCGUACGUUGCUGAGAGGCAAUGGGCGACUGAUGCAUGGAGCCAUUUCACCCAUGACAUGGCGCGUUCCAGGGCCUUUCGGUGGGGCGAAGACGGUAUUGCUGGCGUCUCGGACUCCCACGGCCUGCAGAACAUCGCCUUCUCAUUCUGGAACGAGAAAGAUGAUUUCCUCAAGGAGAGGCUUUUCGGCUUGUCCAACCCGCAGGGAAAUCAUGGCGAAUCCAUCAAGGAAGCCCAUUUCCAUUUGGACAACACCCCUACGCAUUCGUACAUGAAAUACCUCUACAAGUACCCUCAGCGAAAGUUCCCCUACGAAGACCUCAUCAAGGAGAAUGCCAAACGCUCCAAGCUCGAGAACGAAUACAACAUCAUUGAUACCGGAAUCUUUGAUGACGACAGGUACUGGGACAUCUUCAUCGAGACUGCGAAAGAGGCCGAUAACGCUGAAGAGCUUCUGUUCCGAGUCACCGCCUACAACCGCGGCCCAGAGCCAGCUCCUCUCCAUAUCGUUCCCCACGUGUGGUUUCGGAAUACUUGGGCUUGGGGACGCGAGGAUAUCAAAAAGAAGCCAUCCAUCCGCAAAGUUUCUCCAACGACAGCACACUCAAAACAUCACAAACUGGGUGAACGCUACGUUCAGCUGUCUCCAUCCCCAGGCACUGGACCUAGCGGUAACGAUGUUCAACCCACACAGCUUUAUACCGACAACGACACAAACUACAAAGAGAUCUGGGCAGGCACCAACAAGACUCCAUACGUGAAAGAUGGAAUACAUAAGCGCAUAGUUGACGAGCAGCUGGACGCAGUCAACCCCAAGAACAUUGGCACGAAGAUGGCUGCUUGGUAUGCCUUCGACGAAGGCGAGGGUGUUGCUCCUGGAGAAUGUGCUGUUGUUCGUUUCAGGUUUGGCAAGAGAUAUGAAGGUUUCCUGGACGAGGAGCUUUUCGACGACAUCAUGGAGCAGCGACGUGCCGAAGCUGACGACUUCUAUUAUCGGAUCAGUCCUCUUCCCAUGGCUGAUGAUCUUCGCAACAUCCAACGUCAAGCGCUCUCCGGCAUGCUGUGGUGUAAACAGUACUACCACUUCAUCUGGGACCAGUGGGCCAAUGGUGAUCCUGGAAUGCCGCCUCCACCGCCAGGCCGAAAGACUAUCCGCAACAAGGAGUGGAAGCAUAUGCAUUUGGAUGAUAUUCUUUCUAUGCCAGAUUCUUGGGAAUACCCCUUCUUUGCUGCUUGGGACAGCGCCUUCCAUUGCAUUCCACUGGCUAUGAUCGAUCCAGACUUCGCGAAGAAGCAACUUGACAUCUUCACUCGAGAGUGGUACAUGCAUCCCAACGGACAACUGCCAGCUUACGAAUGGAACUUUGGAGACGUCAAUCCUCCAGUCCAUGCGUGGUCUGUCUUCCGAGUGUUCAAGAUGGAGCGUAAGAUGUAUGGGCGCGAAGAUCUUGACUUCCUCGAGCGCGUGUUCCAGAAGCUACUUCUGAACUUCACAUGGUGGGUGAACCGGAAAGAUGCAGACGGAAACAAUGUCUUCGAGGGUGGCUUCUUAGGCCUCGACAACAUUGGUGUCUUCAACCGUUCUGAACCGCUCCCCACAGGAGGUGUCCUCGAGCAAGCAGACAGCACCGGAUGGAUGGGCUUCUUUUGUCUCAACAUGCUCAACAUGGCCCUUGAACUCGCUAAGCAUCGUCGGAUCUACGAAGACAUUGCGUCCAAAUUCUUCGAGCAUUUCCUGCUGAUUAGCGAUGCAAUGCAGUACCGAUCUGGCGGAGAAGAGAAGCCGCUUUGGAAUGAGCAGGAUGGGUUCUACUACGAUGCCAUCUCUUGGGGCGGACCAUGGAGCCACCAAAUGCCUGUUCGGUCGCUUGUUGGGCUCAUUCCACUCUACGCCACUCUAACCCUCGAACCCGAAAUCAUCAAAAAGUUCCCUUCGUUCAAAAAGCGGCUAGACUGGUUCGUCGAACAUAGGAGCGAAACGGCUACCAGGAACAUCGCAUCCAUGAAGCGCCGUGGCAAGGAUGACCGAAUGCUCCUGUCUCUCGUCAACGAGGACCGACUCCGCUCCAUCUUGGCCAAAAUGCUGAACGAGUCAGAGUUCCUUGCUGAUCACGGUAUCCGUUCUCUGUCAAAGUACCACGAAGAUCACCCUUAUUCGAUGGAUGUCAAUGGCCAGAAAUUCCAAGUCAGCUACAUCUCCGGUGAUUCGGAUAGCGGACUGUUCGGAGGAAACAGCAAUUGGCGUGGUCCCAUCUGGAUUGCGGUCAACUUCCUGCUCAUUGAAUCACUUCAGCGAUUCUACAUGUUCUACGGCAAAGAAUUCCAGGUCGAAUGCCCCACAGGGUCUGGGGACUAUAUGCAUCUAGGGCACGUUGCCGAGGAGAUUCAACAUCGUCUCCAGCACCUAUUCGCUCGCGGUGACGAUGGACGACGGGCUAUCAAUGACGGCAACGAGAUGCUCGACUACGAUCCGCACUGGAAAGACUACCUGUGGUUCCAUGAGUUCUUCGACGGAGAUACUGGUCGGGGUCUGGGCGCAAGCCAUCAGUGUGGAUGGACGGGACUGGUUGCAAAGAUGAUUCAUGACUCUGGCAACACUUGUCGCCUUCCACAAACACCCCGUACACCAACUACAGCGGCGUCCCACUACUUCGACGAUGUCUGGACGACAACAGGAAAGCCCAAGAAGCCGCAUCACCUGCGUCGUUCUUCGACCACACGCUCUAUCGGGAUGCGUAGCGAUUGGGGCGAAACAUCGACUAACGAAGAUGACGAAGCCCAGUCGCCUAUUCAGAAGAACCGUUCCAAUUCCAUAGGCAUCCCCGACGCGGAGGACUUGAAGUACAAGAAAGAAAUGGACCAGCAUAUCCAUACAUAUGUGAGCGAUCAGCUGGAGCGGUUGAGAACCAAGGACUCAGGAGGGGUUCAACCCGAUGAGCUUGAAACUAUGCUCGACGGUCAGGUCGACGGGGAGACGAAUGGUGGCGACAAAAAGAACGGAUCUGGCGGCUACUUCAGCCAUAACAGCCCCUUUGAUCAUGAUGGUUAGAGAAGCAGUGACGAUGCUUUCGGGUCGGUUUUCAUAUUCUCUUAACCUAAGACGCGCGGCGUUCUCUCAUGCAGCGGUUUUCUCCCUAGGACCUAAAAUUACAUCCUUCCCUGAUUUCGUGGCAUUGCAUGAGCCUUAGGCUCGAAUGGGCUUUAGACGGAGCAUUCGUAGACCGAGAAUAGAUUCCUUGCGUUGCUCGUCCU